GCCGUGACGCCAUCGAGGCGCGCCGCGGGCAGGCCGGGAUGCAGCGCGCGGCGCUGGGCGCGCUCGGGGGGGCGGCGCGGGUCCCCCCGGGCCGCUGGUUCAGCGCGGCCCCUCCGGCGCUGCGGGAUCUGCGGGAGCUGCGGGCGCGGACGGGGCAGCCGGUGAUGCGCUGCCGGGAGGCGCUGGAGCGGGCGGGGGGCGACCUGCGGCAGGCCGAGGCCUGGCUCGAGGCCGAGUCUCGCCGCCGGGGCUGGGCCCGAGCUGCGGCCCCCGGGGCUCGCCGGGCACGCGAGGGGCUCGUGGGGGUCCUGAGCGAGGGCUCGGCCGCCGUCAUGGUGGAGGUGAACUGUGAGACGGAUUUCGUGGCACGGACCCCUGACUUCCAGCAGCUGGUGGAGAUGGCGGCCAGAGGGGUCCUGGGGCACUGCCAGGGGGCCUCGGGCACCAAGCAUCUGCUGCUAGAGGAGGAACUGGCCCAGCUGCGGGCAGGGGACGGGGCGGAGCUGCUGAGUGACCAGCUGGCGCUGGCUAUGGGCCGGCUGGGCGAGCGCCUGGCGCUGCGCCGGGCCGGGUGGCUGCGGGCCCCGGGCGGCUUCGUGGCCACCUACGCUCACGGCUGGGUGCCCCCCGGGCCCCCCGUGGCCAUGGGCACCUACGGGGCGCUGGUGGCCUGUGGGGGGCCGGGCCCGGAGCCCCCUUCGCCCGAGCUGCAGGAGUUGGGGCGCAGGGUGGCCCAGCACGUGGUGGGAAUGGCGCCCACCGCCCUGGGCACCCCCGAGGACGAGCUGGGCGGGGACACGGAGACGCGGCUGCUGGCCCAGGGGUCCCUCCUGGAGCCGGGGGUGCCCCUGGGCCGGUACCUGCGGGAGCGGGGGGGGCUCCAGGUCUGGGACUUCCUGCGCUUCCAGUGCGGGGAGGAGCCCCCCCAGGAGCCCCCCCAGGAGCCCUCUGCCCCCCCAGCCUGAGGGACGUGGCUCAGGGGGGGUCCAGCCCCUCGCUGGCACCCCUGGGGACACACACCCACCCUGUGACACUGUGUCUCCCCCCUCCCACGCCAGCCUGGGGAGCAGCGUGAGCCCCCCCCCGGGCGAUUUGGGAGUAUGAGGCUGAAUAAAGGUGGAGAAGAACCA